CGAACCGCAGUUCGAUCAAUUCAAACGCACAGCCCGCAAAAACAGCAUUUAGAGCAUUCAUCACCAAGCAUAAUGUCUACCACUACCGCAAAUAAUACCAUGAACUUCGGUCCUGAAUGGAUGCGCCGAGCACCGCUUUCUUCAGCCCGUGCCUCGCCUCCGCCCGUCCAGACGACCCAGCAUCAGCGUUCAGGAUCAGGCUCCUACAGCGCCGUCCUCGCCUCCCCAACAUCCCUCCACCCAUCCUCCCCCUCCUCCAUCCCCGUCCAACUGACAGAUCCAGCCCAUCCUUUCCGCUACAGUCGUACCGAAAUGCUUACAGUCUUCGACGGCCUACGCGAAAAACUCACCGCGAACCCCUCCUUCCCACUCGAAAUGGAGCGUCUCGAGAUUGUUACGAGUGAGGAAGUUCUCGAACCUGUAUCCGAGGUCUCCAUGACGGAUGUGGAAAAGAAGGUUUACGGUGGUCAGCUGGGUGUCAAUUCUGAAGUCAAGCGUCGCGAGCCGGCUACGCCGGGUGGAAUCUCCAGCCCCCGAAACGAACGCUUUGCUGCGUUGGGAUCGCCUCGGGGUGAGAAAGCUACGUUUGGGAGGAGGAACGGGGCCAAGAACACACCUGGUGCGGCUUUGCGCCAGUCAACCAGGCGUGGCGACUACUUUUCUGGUGCAUUGGGUGGGGCGGAGGGAUGGGCUACGCCGAGUGCGAACGCUGCACAGGGUGGUGGUUCUGGUACCUUCGAGGGAGGAGUCUUCAGGGGUCCGGACGAUGCAAAGGGUCUAGAGGAUUCACCAAUUGAGGAAGAGCAGGAAUUGAAGGGUGCCGAAACGCCUAAGCAGGAGUCGUCGCGCCUGGCUGUUGGUGGUGGAGCUUUCGACAUCCUCGCCCCUGUCGGCGGUCGUGGUGUCUCUCGUCUCGCAAAGUUUGGUAUCACCAAGUCGGAAGCACAGCCUGCUGCUCCCAGUGCGGACGAGGGUAGCUCUCUCCUCGCUGACCGCGAUUUCGACGACGACGUCCUCCGCGAAGUCAUGGCCGUCGCAGCCGACCAAUCCCGUCCUGAUUCUGCCAACGGAAUGGAACGUCUUCAGUCCCGUUUCGCUGCUCAGACCCUCGCUGGUGGGGCCGCUAACUCACUCGACUUCGGCGAAGGCCGUGUCGACCGUGUCGACCGUGAUCCGUUCAAUGCUGCUCCUCGUACAGGAUUGGGCGGUAUCUUUGGUUCGCCGGCCGAGGAGGCUCAGGCGCAGACUCCUGCGCAGCCGCGUGGUGUUGGCGACGUUGGGGGCAGCGUCGGCGGGUUGUUCGAGCACCCCAUCGUUCCAUCGCAGCCUACCCUCCCGCCUGCGCCGCCUCAGACCACCCGCGUCAUGAACAUGCCCGACAAGCUCAAGUGGCUUUACCGCGACCCUACCGGCGCCAUCCAGGGUCCUUUCUCUGGUUUGGAAAUGCACGACUGGUACAAGGCUGGGUUCUUCCAGCCUAAUUUGUUGGUAAAGAGGGAGGAGGACAACGAGUUCGAGCCUCUCUCCGUCCUCGUUAGGAGGAUUGGUAACCAGCGUGAGCCAUUCCUGGUGCCUCUUCCGUCGAGGACGAUGCUCGCUCCUAUCCCGGCUAAGGGUUGGGGAAGUGGAAACCAGGGUGCGUCCGGAACUACGACGCCUGGUGGGUCUAUGCUUGGCGCUGUCCAGGCCGCUGCUACCCCCGGAAGUGGAUGGGAAUCUACCCGUUGGGAGCCUCAGCAGCCUCCCUUCGCUAACUCAUUCCCAUCCUUCGGCACCACGCUGACCGCGGACCAGCAGAACGCUUUGGAGCGUCGCAAGCAGGAGGAGCAGUACCUCAUGGCUCGUCAACGUGAGAUAUUGCAGCAACAGCAACAGCAGCAGCUGUACGCCUCUUACCUCCAGCAACACCACUCGUCUGCUAUGCUCCAGCCUAGCCCGCUCGAUUUGUUGAGGGGACAGCAGCAGCAGAGGGAGUUGACAUUGUUGCAGCAGCAACAGCAGCAGCAGGCUCAGGCUCAGAGAAGCGCGGCGCCUUCCCCGUUCUUGACGCCCGCCGCUGUAGCGAGCCCGACCCUUGCUAACGGUAUCUUGGGCGGAUUGAGCAGCUGGGCGCAGGGAUCUGGGCUCCAGCAGGCUGCCCUCUUGGCGCAGGCCGCUCAGCAGCAGGCUCAGGCUCAGGCCCAGUCUCCAUGGGGAUCUACGGCUGUCCUCCGUGACGCCCGUGAUGCGCUUCAGGAGCAGGUUGAGUCUCCUAUUGCCGCCGCCCACGCCCUUGCCGAGCGUCAGGGUUUGAACACCUCCCAGACCGAUUUGUUGACCAGCGUUGCGAAGGAGAUGGAGGAGGCUGAGAUGGAGGCGGCUAUGGCUAGGGCUGAUGAUAGUUUCUUCGAGGAUGAAGAGGAAGAGAAGGCUGCGGACGGGUAUGAGCGUCUUCCUGACAGUCCCUUCGACGAGGAGAUGGAGGUUGUUGCGCCUACAGAGAAGAUUGCGAUCCCGAAGGAGGAGUUUGAGGGUUUCAACGACGAGACUGAGAUUUCUGUUGUUGAGAGUCCCGCUGCUGAGAUGGAGAAGGAGGAGACUCCGGAGUCCUCUGUGGUCACUGUUCAGGCUACUCCUUUGACUCUUGCUCCCGUUCCUGCUGCGACUCCCUCUAUCGCGCCAUGGGCCGUUGCUGCUCAGCCCGAGAAGAAGGCUGCGCAGAAGAAGCCUACUCUCCGCGAGAUCCAGGAGUUGGAGGCUAAGAAGGCCGAGCAGAAGCGUGCGAUCGAGAAGCAGCAAGCUGAGGCUGCUCUUGCCGCGGAGAUUGCUCAGGCGCAGUUGGCUGCUCAGCAGGCCGCCAGUGCGCAGUUGCCGUCCAACGCCAAGUGGGGUUCUGAUGCUGGUCCUGCUCCGGCUAACAUCGCCACUCUCGUGAAUGCCCAGCCUGUCGUCAGCUCCUACCCCGCUCCUGCUCCAUGGGCCGCAAAGCCCGCUCCUGCCGCCGCUACCUCCACUGGUAAGAAGACCCUCGCUCAAAUUCAGAAAGAGGAGGAAGAUGCCGCGAAGAAGAAGCAGGCUGCUCUUCUCCAGGCACAGAAGGCUGCGGGCAUUCCGCCUGUUGUGGUGGGUAAGUCGUAUGCCAACGCUGGUGCGAACAGUGCUGCAGUGAGGGGCGCUGCUCCUGUUGCGGCUGGACCCGGGUGGACUACGGUUGGUGCGAGUGGAAAGGUUUCUGCGCCGCCGGCUGCUGUUAAGGCUGCCCCUGUCGUUAAGCCUGUUGUCCAGGCUGCUCCUGUCGUCAGGGCCGUCGCUGCCCCGACUGUGGUCAAACCUGUCGUUGCUCCUGUUGUAAAGGCUCCUCAGGUUCCCAAGCCUGCUGUUGGACCUUCUGCUGCCACCGCUGGUGGUGCACAGUUGUCCGAGGGUUUCAUGAACUGGGCUCAUUCCGCGCUCAAGGGAUUGAAGAUCGACAUCGAUGACUUCUUGCAGAUGAUCAUCCAGAUGCCCGUCAAUGACCCUUUUACGGCUGAGAUUAUCUCCGACUCGGUCUACGCCAGCUCUACCACGAUCGAUGGAAGGAGGUUCGCGGAGGAGUUCACCAGGAGGAGGAAGUCUGAUCACUUGGGGGCGAAUGCUUCGGCUGCUGCGCCGGUGAGCAAUGGUGGAGGAUGGAAUGAUGUUGUUAGCAAGGCAGGUAGCAAGGGUGCUGCCGCGCAGGGUCCGGAGUGGAAUGCUGCGUUCAAGGUGGUCGCGAAGAAGGGCGGUAGCAAGAAGCGUUGA